AAGGCCUUGGAGGCAGGAUGGAAAAGACAGUAAUUACAUAAGAGCACUUGGCGAGCAUCUGGCUGGAGUCAGCUGGGCCCUGCCGGCCCUCCCUCCCGCGCUGCUAACCAGGAGCAGCUGAGGAUACAGGAUACAGAUAACUCAGCGUGGGACCCCUGCAGAGGGGAGCGGAGGUCACCAUGGACAUAACCUACCUGCGCACAUCCCUGACCUUCCUUUUUCUCCCUCUUGUUGUGUUUGGGGCACCCGCUGAUGAACCCAACCUCACAGAACCAGGCCCUGGUGCUUGCAAGCGCUGUUGUGACUCACUGGACUCUUCCACAGAUACCCCACCAGUCCCUCCCAGCCACCACCACUUUCCCUACCCAGUGCCAGAGGUCCGUCCCUAUAUCAACAUCACCAUUCUGAAGGGAGAGAAAGGAGAUCGGGGAGAGCCUGGGAUGCCAGGGAAAUGGGGCAAAGAAGGACCACGAGGCGAGCGGGGCGCCCAGGGCCAGAAAGGCAGUAAAGGACAGAUGGGCACAGCGGGAGACCCCUGCAAGCAUCAGUACGCUGCAUUCUCUGUCGGUCGCAAGAAAGCGCUGCACAGCAGCGAGGGCUUCCAGGUCUUGAUCUUUGACACUGUCUUUGUCAACCUCUACAGCCACUUCGACAUGUUCAAUGGCAAGUUCUACUGCUCGGUGGGUGGACUUUACUAUUUCAGCCUCAAUGUCCACACCUGGAACUUCAAGGAGACCUACAUGCACAUCAUGCACAACGAAGAAGAGGCGGUCAUCCUGUAUGCCCAACCCAGUGACCGCAGCAUCAUGCAGAGCCAGAGCCUCAUGCUGGAGCUCCAGGAAAAUGAUGAGAUCUGGGUGAGGCUCUACAAGCGGGAGCGGGAGAAUGCCAUUUACAGUGAUGAUGUUGAUGUGUACAUCACCUUCAGCGGGUACUUGGUCAAGCCCAGCAUUGAAUAACUGCCUCUCAUCUUCCUUGGGGCCUCUUAGGCCUUUUCCUUUUUCCUCUCUCUCUCUCUCUUUCUGUCUCAAUCUUUCUCUCUCUUUACUGCCCGUAACCACUGCAAAUCACUUGGAAAUGGGCCUGUCAAAUCUCAGGCACUGAGUGUGAAACUUGUCAUGCUGGCUCCCACCUCACGUUCUCUUGUAGCCAGGCCUGUAUCUGUCCACUUUCCAUCAUGGCACUACCACCUCUUGCCCCUCACCUCAUAACCCCACCUUAGGUUAUUGGCUUCUUCUCAAUCCGCCAGCAAGCUCCCUCUGGCAUUUAGGCUUCUAGAGCAAGAGGAAAGCUAAAAUGCUGCUCCCGGGCCUGUGUCUCUCUUUGGGGCUUCAUACAUAAAGGUCUCCUGUGGAAAGGACUAGAAAGUCCCCACUGCCAAGGUACAUCCUGGCUCCUCUCCAUCCUAACUAGACAUACCA